UACUGAGGUGUUUUUAAGUUCUUUUAUGGGUUAAAAGCCUUAGUCACUGGUGCAUAUAUAUUAGGAAGACAACCCUCAUACAGUUAGGCAUUUUGCUUCAAACCCUAGUCUUAGCAGCGACCAACACAAAACAACAGAAGACACAAGAAAACAAGGGCUAACAUGGACCCACCACUAGUUUGCAGUCUACUGAUGCUUAUUUUGACCAUCCUCAUCCCCUCUUAUUGUGAUGCCCAGUACUAUGAUUAUAUGGACUCAGGACUCUACAGUUCACUCUCCACAGACUGCCCAAAGGAAUGCUUUUGUCCUCCAAGCUUCCCACGUGCUCUAUACUGUGAAAACAAAGGCCUAAAGGAGGUACCACCAAUCCCGUCAAGAGUUUGGUAUUUGUAUCUUCAGAACAAUCAAAUUGAAACACUUGAUGAAAAAUCUUUUGCAAAUGCUACAGAAGUGAAAUGGAUUAAUUUAAACAGAAAUAAAAUAAGCAACAAAAGAAUCAAAAAGAACGUAUUCACAAAUUUAAAGAGCUUACUUCACUUGUUGUUAGAGGACAACGACCUAGAUGAAAUACCUUCACCAUUGCCAGACACCAUGGAGCAACUUCGUUUGGCAAGGAAUAAGAUAUCAAAGAUCCCAGAAGGUGUGUUUAGCAAUUUGGAGAAUCUUACCCUGCUGGACUUACAUCACAACAAACUUACAGAUGGUUCCUUUGAGGCUGAUGCGCUUGCAGGACUUAAAAAUCUGGUGCAACUGAAUGUGGCUAAAAACUCCCUGAAGAAAAUGCCAUCUGGCCUUCCAUCUAACACCGUACAGUUGUACCUAGACAACAAUAACAUUGAAUCUAUUCCAGGCAACUACUUUAACGAUAUACCCAGAAUAGCUUUUGUUAGAUUAAACUACAACAGGUUAGCAGAUGCCGGUAUACCCGCCAAUGUUUUUAACGUAUCGUCUAUAUUAGACUUGCAAUUGUCCUACAAUGAACUGACAAGUGUACCUGUUGUGAACGGCCACUUGGAACGUCUUCACCUUGAUCACAACAAGAUAAAAAAUAUAACUGGUACUAUAGUUUGCCCCAAUGAUGUCAUAGAAGAGUUUGACCCACAUUUUCCACAAGGACCAAGACUUCGUUAUUUGCGUCUUGAAGGAAAUGGGAUUCAGCCACCAAUCCCACUAGAUCUUAUUAUAUGUUUCAGGCUUCUUCAGGCUGUUGUUAUUUAAAUACAUAAGAUUCACAUAAGUCUCCAUAGGAGUUUGGAAAACAAAUUUGUGAAGAAGUGUAACCAUUCUGACUUUGAACCAAUGUAUCCUAUGUCUUGUUUACUUUUUUUUUACUUUUCUUUAACUAAUGGAAUCCUAGAAUAACCACUUAUUUCCCAAAAGGCAUGUACAUUAUUAGGGCAAUGCAUUUCCUUUGUUAUUUAAUUUAGAAUUUUUGAGUGUCUUUUUUUAACUAUAGUCAUUUUCAUAAUAUUUUAUUGCAUUAAAAAGAUGAUAGCAAAUAUUUAGUACUAAGACAAACAGAGAAGCUUUUGUUGACUAUGUGUUUUAAGCCAUGGUAACAUGACUAAUACACGGAAUAUCAAUUUAACAACUACAUAAUGUUACUGUAUGUUUGUGCUGGUUGUAUGUAUGCUGCUGUAUGUACAUACAGAUGUUCAUGUUUCAUUAUAAAGUUGUAAAACAUGUCAAUAAAAAUAGUAAAGUUUA